AUGGAAAGCCCACUGUUAAAAAGAAAAAGAGGAAAGAACUUCACUCCCCAAGAAGAGGAUGCAUUAGUGGAGUUGGUGGAUGAACAACGACAUAUUCUGGAGAAUAAAAGAUCCGAUGCUGUCACAUGGAAACAGAAGGAGGAGGCCUUGAAAAAGUUGGCGGAGUGUUUCACAGCUAGGAUUGGGACUAAUCGAGAGUGGAGGACUCUACGGGAUAAGUUCGAAAGACUGAAACGAAAGUCCAAGGCAGAAAUGGCAACCGAGAAAUCAGAGCAUUAUCGGACAGGUGGCGGUUCGGCUGCUGUAGAAAGUAGCAGCAUGGUAACGCAAAAAGUUGCUGCUAUUUUGGAGGAGUCGGCCACUGGAUUGGAAAAUACCUUUGAUGGUGAUGCAACUAGUGCCAACAGUUUUGCCAGUGCCACUUUAUCGCCAGUGUAA